AUGCCAAUGCUAAUUGCUGCUCCGCCUGCCAUGAUGGCAAAUGCAGGAGCUGCAGCAGCGUCGGCGCACCGAUGUUUCCCCAACUUGAAUCCCGUCAUUCCUCAAAUCCCAGAAAGAAUGCAUGUGCACGUCAGAGUCCCCUUGGAACCUUCUUGUUGCAAGAACGACCGAACGCUUCGAACCUCAGGGGACCUUUCACCUCACCUUCAACCUCUCAACCUCCUGCAGGUUACCCACGAGCCUACGGAGCUGAAAUCGGGACGGUCUGAGUGGGAAGGAGGCUGUGAAGAAGGUCAUACCUUGCACGAUGUUGGAAUGAUGGGCUGCAGAGGCCCAAUCACUCCUCGGCGCCUCUGUCUGACGGCUUUCGGAACGCUCAGUCAGGGGACCAUAUUGAGGUCUGGGCUCGGCAGAUGCGAGUGCGAAAAUCAGUUCUGGACCUUUUUUGUCCUUGUAUACAACUACGAAUAUGCUGUCGACGUGAUCUCUUCGUCGACGAAGUCUCUGACCCGGAUGCCGCUCACUUCACACCCCCCUUCAAUAUCUGGCUCAACAGAAGGCUAUUCCUAUCUUAUUGUGGAAAUUAUAUUGAAGAUUCCUCACACGUAUCGGGUACAUACGCCCAAAGAAGACGACAUCAGACUUCGACCCUUUGGAUCGCCAAACCAUAUCACCGGGGGCCCUUGGUGCGGCGAAAAUUAA